AUGGCGGCACACCUCACAGUUCAGAACCCAAAACCCCUAAAACCCUAAACACAGCUCCCUAAAAUCCAACCAAUCUAUCGACGACAGCCCCCCUACAACAAAUGGGUUUACUUCCACACCGCCUUGGUCUGGCGGCGUUCAACCAAUCUCGCAUCUCUUCUCUACUCUUCUCCUUCCACCAUCUCUCUUCUCUACAUAGACCAACAAGAAGACACUCAUCGACGACCACCACUUCUACUUGCACCGCUGAAUUUGAUGCACUGGAUUCACAUGACGGUGAUAAUGAGGAAGCUAAAGAAAGAGAGAAAGACGCUGCUCUGCAUUUGGCUCUCUCUCGCCUUUCCGGUGAUUUCGGGCACCACUCCAUGCUCUCCUUCCCCCGCUUCUUUCGCUCGAGGCGGGCACCUGUUAUCUCCACUGGUUCUUUGAAGCUUGAUAUUGCUCUCGGCACCGGAGGAUUACCAAAGGGAAGAAUUGUUGAAAUAUAUGGGCAGGAAGCGUCUGGCAAGACUACUCUUGCACUCCACAUUGUCAAGGAAGCCCAAAAGCUUGGAGGGUAUUGUGCAUAUCUGGAUGUAGAGAAUGCUAUGGACCCUUCACUUGCAGAAUUGAUGGGUGUAGACACAGAAAACCUUCUCAUUUCAUAUCCCAAUUCUGCAGAAAAUGUGCUCAGUGUGGUUGACACUCUGACUAAAAGUGGUUCCUUGGAUGUAAUUGUUGUGGAUAGUGUAGCUGCUCUGGUCCCUCAGUGUGAACUUGAUGUUGCAAUUGGUAGUGCAUACCCAGAUGCUCAGUCAAGAAUAAUGACCAGAGCACUACGGAAAAUACAUUCUUCACUAAGCCAUUCUCGAGCACUAGUUGUUUUUGUAAAUCAGGUUAGAUCAAGCUCAAACUCAGGCAAAGGUUUUGGACCUCUUGAUGAGGUCACCUGUGGUGGAAAUGCCUUGAGAUUCUAUGCAGCAGUUAGAUUGAGACUAAAGAGAACGCGGUUGCUUAAGACCGAGGAUAAGAUUACAGGUCUUGGAAUUUCAGUGCAAGUGGUGAAAAAUAAAUUGGCACCGGCAUUGAAGAAGGCUGAUCUGGGGAUACAGUUUGGUAAAGGCUUAUGCUGUGAAUCUGAGGUAUUGCAAUUGGCUUGUGAACAUGGGGUCAUUGUUAAAGAAGGAAGCAACUACCACAUUGGAAGAAAUGUUUCGAGUAAUGAACAUGCGGCAGAACAGUAUCUGGCUAAGAAUGAUGAGAUUUUGAGCAAGAUAAUUAGCAUCUUGAGGCAUAAAUUAUUUGAAGGAGAUCGUCAGAGUUUGUAGACUGGGACUGAAUCAGCAUUAGUAAUAUUGAAUGGAUUAGUGCCCUAGUUACUUGAGUGCAUGAUGCUGUCUGAAGGAUCAUGACAUUUGCUAAUUGCUAAGAGAUGUAUUCGUUUAAGGUGGUAGUCUCUUUUAAAACACUGGAGGUGGAAUGGGAUCCUGGGCAGUCUGAUAUGAAGCUUCCUCCAUUACUUAUCAGCUCCCUUUAAGGACAUUUGAGCUGUUCUCUGGUUUGUCUGGAAACUAAUGCAUCACAAUCUUACCUUGUAAAUUAAAUGUAUAAAACUUUGUAGACUUUGUUCUGAACCAUGUUAACGAUACGCGUAUCUCUUGAUUAUGA